AUGGGCAAGGCGAAAGCUAUGCCACGUGCGAGCGAUGAUGUCUCGGAGCUGCGAAAUUCCCUGGUGAAGUUGUCCCAGAUUGAGGGAGCGACCCAGUACACGGAGGUGUCCCAGAGUCGUGUAUUGAGUUAUUUGGAUAGUGAAAACCGAAUUUGUGCAGCAGCAGGAUUGCCGGAGGUCAUCCAGGGCUUCGAGCACUACGUCGACGCUGGUUGGGAAGCGUGGAUUUCGCUCUACGCAUUUUACUGCGCCAACUUCAAUAUUCUUCAAACGAGGUCGGAGGCGGAUGCAGCAGUAAGAACCGCAAUUGGCGAUUUCCGCUGGGGGAAUUUCAUCCUGGUGACCGACUUGGUGGUCUACUAUAAGUCCAACAAGGGAGUGACGACGGCGAUGCCCGAUGGGAUGAAUGCAGCUGCAGGGUAUUUCGGGCAAUGCGCGGACGUCAUCAAUGCGAUCCAAGGGAUUGUACCGCGACCGGUGGUCAUUACGCUCAACACCACCGCGGACAUCUUUGCUGCGAAUGAACCACUCAAGCACUAUGCCGACAUCUUCGUGGCAGGUGUGAAGUCUCCAGCGUUGGUGUUCAAGUCCUACACAUUCUGGAGGAACAUCAGAAAGUACAGGCAAAGCGGUGGGAAGCUGACGUACGAGACCGAGAGCUACAUGUGGUACACGCUGGAUCGGCGUCUGACUAGGGAGCGACUGUUUUGCUCGGCAAUGAUCAAGUCCCACACCAUCUGUGAUCUGGAGGAGAGUAUCACUGAGUAUCUGUCGGGGACAGAGCAGGAUAUAGUGAGAUCGGCAGAGGCGAGUGGGAUUGACCCGGCAGGAUUUCGCUUUAACCCCGUGUCCGAGGACCUCAAGGAUCGUGUCAAUGAGAAAGGAUGGACCAAGAUCGAGGUUGUGUCGACUGAUUUGGACUUCCGUGACCGGACGGCUGGCAUUGUUGUCCAUAUCAAGACCGCCUCAGACCAGAUCUGCAAUCAAUGUCUGCACGCGGAUCCGGCGGAGAUCGAGGACCACGGUUGCAGGGAGCGGUGCCUCAAAUGUGCAG